UAAACAACAAACACUUGAUGUCAAGUCGUUUUGUUGACGUCUUCGCACGUUCUUCGAACUCUUCCCAGCAUGCCCCGCGAAUUCUGCAGCCUAUUACAGUACUGUAUUGACAAAACAGACUAGAAAGGAAGAGCAGCACUGGCAUCGGCACAAGAAAACCCCGGCGGUGACAUUAACCUUACAAUUGAGUGCCAUGCCAUAGAACCCAGGGGUGCCAUUUUCUUUCACACAGCCUGCUAGAGUUUGCAAAGUGAGGGAAGAGGGGCCCCGGGCAGACUGUGGACGGGGGCCGGAAAAGAGCUCAGUGGGUGCCAAUGCAGCAGCAGCAUCGACAGCCUGAGCUGGUGGAAGGAAACCUUCCCGUGUUUGUGUUCCCCACUGAGCUCGUCUUCUAUGCCGAUGAGCAGACGUCUCACAAGCAGGUGCUCACCCUCUACAAUCCCUAUGAGUUUGCUCUCAAGUUUAAAGUGCUGUGUACAGCGCCAAACAAGUAUACUGUGGUGGACGCCACCGGAGCUGUCAAGCCGCAGUGUUGUGUUGACAUCGUAAUUCGACUACGAGACGUGCGGCCAUGCCAUUAUGGCGUGUACGACAAGUUCCGCCUGCAGGUGUCGGAGCAAAGUCAACGCAAAGCUCUGGGCCGCAAGGAGGUCACGGCCACGCUGCGUCCCUCGGCCUUGCAGGAGCCCGGCGGCCUCCGUUCACAAGAUGAUGAGCGCAGGGCCAAAGACCAGCUGGCGGACAGCGAGUUUUUUGAACAGACUGUUUUUCAAACAGAGAGCCGUCCUACCACUGGAGGGCCCAGUUUGUUGACGGUGCUAUUGGGGCUCGUGUGUGUGGCAGCCCUGAUGCUCCCAACUCUGGGGGAGCAAGAAUCCACUGUGCCUGUCUACCUCCACUUAAGUGUUAACAAGAAACUUGUAGCUGCUUAUGUUCUCGGACUUCUCACAAUGGUCAUCUUGCGCACAUGAAAUGGAUGAAGCUGAGGGGGGCUGAACUAAUCAGACAUUGCCACACACACACACACUAUUGUUUCAUCGGUCAAGCUGGCUACAGGUGGGGGGGGGGGGGUUCUCUCCCCAUACAUCUUCACAUCUGAAACAUUUGAGUGUUAUACGUUACAACUGCAGGUUUGUUUGUGGCACAUUGAUGGAAACAGACCUGUGGGGUGUCCUUGGGCAGGACCUGUGAAGAAGCAUGAUUCUUCCCAUCGAUUGCGAUGAAAGUGAAGUGAGCAGCAGUGAAUGAAAAUGCAACCUACAUACAUGUGUAUAAAGCCAUACCAAUUUUCUUACUGCAUUUACUUGUAACCAACAUUAUUGAUGUUUCAAAUCAAGUGGAUUGAAGAAGACGCAAUGCAAUUUUCUGCAUGUAUCAGUACCAAUCUGAUUUUUUUUUCAAGCAAUCGUGUUACAAAAAAGCCUUUUGCUUAAAAUACAUGUACUAUUCCAAUAUUCCAAACGUUCAAUAAAGUGUCAGUACAGAAACCUGGUAUAAAUGACAGUAUUUUUAGUUAGAGAGCCGCGAUAAGGCUGUAAAUGAGGUCUGCUGUUGAUGGCAGAUUGCAUGACAUGCUCUCGAAUGGGAACACAUACACAGCAGACAAAGAAAUAAUUUAUUUCAUCUUUGAUAUGAACGCAAACAAAAAGCAAAGGCGAGUUUGACAUUUGACGUCACUAAAGUCAUGCAUCGACAGAUGGGCAAACUAACCGCUUUUUCCAUGUUCUAAUCUUGGAUAGGGUAAAAUGACAUUCAUUUGCAUAACUGCAAACAAACCAUUCUUCAGAGUAAAAAGGGCACAACUCCUUUAAAAUCAUUACAAUCACAUCCUUGUUCGUACAUAAAGGGGGACAGGUGAUCACAAAUUAGGUGCAAAAGUCACAGUAUAGGCUUAAACUUGACAUACGGUUCUAUUUUUCUAGUAAUUGGAGGUCCAGUCAAACUCCUCCCUCAUUUAAGACUAACACAGGCUGAAAACAAAACAAACAGAUAACCCUGUGCAACAUGAACCACAGCAGAAACAGCAGCCUCCCAUAAAACAAAGCACUGGCGCCAUUUGGAUGUGAACUGCACUCAAAAUAACACAAAUGUUAACUUAUACUCGGGAUAGAACGCUAUCGCAGUCCUAAAUAAAGUUUUUUGUUUUACCAUAAAUACCCCCCCC